UCAUGGUCUCGGUAUAAAUACCGUCAAAAAGUCUCGUUCGCGUUGUAGUCGACACCAGACACAGUACUGACAAAGGACGCAGACAUCAGAGAGGAGAAACGGAUUUAUUACGCUCCGAUUAUCUGCUGUUUUCUAUUAUUCCUGUGUGUGUGUGUGUGUGUGUGUGCUCUCUUCAAACAACGUGGAGCUCUCUAUAGCGAACUGUCCGUCAACUGACAUCAAUGAAGGAGAGAAUAUCUAGUCAGAAAGUAUUUGUUCAAUCCGGGAUGGAUCCUAGUCAGAUUGUGAAGUGUAAAAUAGUUGUGGUCGGGGACAGUCAAUGUGGGAAGACUGCUCUACUACACGUUUUUGCAAAGGAUAUCUUCCCAGAGAGUUACAUGCCCACAGUGUUCGAGAAUUACACGGCCAGUUUUGAAAUAGACACGAAAAGAAUAGAGCUCAGCCUAUGGGACACGUCAGGGUCUCCAUACUACGACAACGUGAGGCCUCUCUCCUACCCCGACUCAGACGCUGUCCUUAUCUGUUUUGACGUCAGCCGUCCUGACACACUCGACAGCGUAAUAAAGAAGUGGAAAGGGGAGAUUCAGGAGUUCUGUCCCAACACCAAGAUGCUCCUGGUGGGCUGCAAAUCGGACCUGCGCACCGACCUCUCCACGCUGGUGGAGCUGUCCAAUCACAGACAGAUGCCUGUGUCAUAUGAUCAGGGUUCCAACAUGGCCAAACAGAUCUCAGCCCCCUACAUCGAGUGCUCAGCCCAGCAGUCAGAGAACAGCGUCAGGGACAUUUUCCACGUGGCCACCUUGGCCUGCGUCAACAAGAACAACAAGAACGUCAAACGCAACAAAUCUACCAGAGGCAACAAAAGGAUCUCGCACAUGCCCACUAGGCCCGACCUCGCGGCGGUAGCGUCAGACCUGCGGAAGGACAAAGCAAAGAGUUGCUGUGUCAUGUGACCUGGUGGGCAGGGUCACGACCCUCGGGAGUGGGUUUGCAGGCUGGGAUUGAAGCAUGUAGUGAGGACAGGGGUUAAAGGUCAGAGCAUAGUGCAUUUUGGAACAUUAGAGGGUGAGGCCCUUCCCUUCCUGCACUUUAAAGCCCUUGGCCUGCUGUCCUGGGGUGGAGUUUUGUAUAUGCAUCAUACAAUGUAAAUGUAGAUGAAAUCCACCUUAUCAAUGACAACACAAUAGUCUUUCAGUGUAGCCUGUCUGUCUACCAUCCAUCUCCCUUACAUAUCUUUUACCAGAAGAGGAAGCUAUCUCUGCUUUGGGCCAAUUAGCUGCCUGCCUUUCAGCGGCUUCCCGGGAGGUAGUAACACUGUUUCCUCUUAGAGCUGGACGAGGAAGUGGUCAUGGCCUUUCACAGGAAAUUACCAUUUCCACAGGAAGUGAUGUCACGUAGGAAAAGUUGAACGAGUCCCGGACGUUUUUCUAAGGACUUCAGAAAGGAUGUCCACGCUGUACAUGAUGAUUGGCUCAACCCCCGUCUGUACAGCUGACUCCAUCACCAUGAGAGACUGCAGCGGUGCACACUGGAACGCUGAAGACGAGCGGCCAUCUUGCACUGGAUCAAAGACCUGGAAGUGACAUGACACUGUGCACGCAGCACAUCUCUGUGGUUUCCAUCAGCUUGUUUGUUUCUCUUCCCCCUUCUUGUGGUUGCAAGUCAAGUGUUUCCUGACCUAAUAGUCCCGUUGUUCCAGUCAUGUCUUUCCUGUAUUUUGUAGAAUUUACUGUAAGCCCAUAUCAUUUAAACCAAUGACCGUUGACAUCCUAGGACUUCUGAUCUGUUUGGCGUAAUGAUAGACAGGGUAUUGUGAUGCUGAACAGUUUAUGGACAUGUCCUUUCAGCUAUGCAACACCUUCUGCUCUCAGCAAGGGAGGGGAAUGAAAUAAACAAAUGAAGCAUGA